AUGUCAGAUUUAAAGAGACAGAAGGUAAAUGUACAACGUGAAUUCAAAUUUAAAAUCGACCCUUACCUCAUUGAAGAAAGCGUGCGCUUAAUUAAGCAACAUCUGCAAGAUGUUAACUAUAAUUAUUUACAAGAAGUUAGAAGAAUUCCUCUAUUUGAAGAGUUAAAAAUACAAAGAGAAGUCGAAUUUGAUGAUGUGUCUAGCUCAGUCGAUGCUAUAUAUGAGCAACUUAGAAAAGAAAUAGCCACCAGGUUAUUCUACUUUCAUAAAUUUGUCGGUAAUCAACUGACUUUUGGAGAAACAAGAAGAUAUGAAUCUUUAUUGAUUACAAGUGGAACAACUGUCAUGGCGACAAUCUAUGAAUUUAUAAGUAAGAAGUUAUAUCAAAUGAUGGAUGAAGUAGAAACAACAGAGAAUCUUUCAUUUUGUCAAAAAAUUUUCACCCUUUCAACUAUAUUUUGUUCUCCGUUCCCUCCAAUUAACCAAGAACAAGAUAGUUCAUCCCCAAAAUCUCAACAAGAAUAUUCUAAAAUUUUUCCAACUAUUUUGAAUCAAGGAUCUAUUCUGUCCAAGAGUGUUAGUUCAUCAUUCAACAAAUCUCGUGCAUUUUUUAACAACUACCGUCAAAUUGAUGUUGAUCACUUACCAAAGGAUUAUGAUGCUCUAUUAAAUUCUACCAGUAUUACAAUGGAGAUUAUGGAUAUGCCCUUUAUGAUGACAGUUGUGGAUACUUCUGAAAUUGAUUCAGAACUGGAUGUUGUAAGGAUAUUUUAUCAAGCAGUUCUAGAACCCGUUAAGAGGCUCUUGGGACUUGAAUUUGGUGGUGGUAUUAAAUCUGCACAUGAAAAACUUCAGGAAAGAAUAUCGAAACCAGAUUUUUAUAUGGAGUAUAAAAUCAAUGGUCAAAACAAUUUUAGAAUCCCAGUAGAAUUUAAACAUUCAGGUAUAAUGGGAAUGUAUAAAAAGAAUGGGUCACAGUUAAUUGGUCUUUUAAACCAAAUCUUAUACCAGAUGCUUACUUUAAGCACCCAUAUUGGGUUGAUAUGCGAUAAAUCCACAAUGAUCGUAGUCGAAACAUCUCCAGAAGCAAAACCUUAUAUGUCCAGUGACCCUGUCGCAAACAUACAAACGGCAAAAAUCAAUUGUAAUGUAACGUGUUUUAAUUACGACAGUCCAGGAUUUAGUCCCUCGUUGCUUUUGUUUGGUUUAUUCAAGGACUACUUCCAAAAAGCAAGCAUAGAUGAUGUCGAGCUUGUCAAAAAAAUCUUUGAUUCUAUGAAACUAAACGUUGAAGACAAAGAAGCAGCUGAAAAAGGAAAGUACAAAUUUAUCGCCAAUGAAUGGAAAAAUGGAUUCAACAAAUAUAGAUUGAAUGGUGAUUACUAUAUUAGAGAAGACACAAGUGGAAUGCCUGAAUUUAAAAUUCCGUCUGAAUUUUUCGCAGGAAUGUUCGAUGGUAAUAUCAAUUUCAAGGAUACUAUCAAACAAUCUGAUUUUGAAAUCGUUGAUACUAUUCAAGGUGAUUCCGAAGGUGAUAUUGAAGGUAAUCAAUAUCACUCAAAAGUAUACAGAAUCAGGUCUUUAAAUGGGAGACACACCCUAACUCCCAUGGUUCUAAAAGUGUAUGACCCUGUUGCAUCUCCAUAUAUAGCUGGUCAUACUCAAGUGGAGGUUUUUUGGUCAUGUUAUCUAUUUUCAUUAGGAAUGUAUCUUAAUGAAAAUAGAGCCUAUAACAAAUUAAGAGAUCAAGAUGGUACUGGGUUGUCAACGGAAAGACCUACUAGUUCAGAUAGCUCAGAUCCAAAGGCUGGAUACUUUACUCCAUUCAUUUACCUGAAAGGGUUUUUGGAUUGGAGUAUAAAUAAUAAAAGGGUAUCAGGUUUUUUCCUUCUUAUGGAGGAAAUUCCAAACGAUUACCCUUCCAGUGAAGAAGAAUUUCAAAGGUUAGCAGAGAUUGGUUUAAAAGAAAUUCAUGCUAGAGAUGUAAUCCACGGUGACAUAAAGCCAUCUAAUUUCAAAUUCAAUGCAGCCAAACUGAAAGUGAUCUUUUAUGACUUCGGCUUUUCACAUAUUGAAAAUGCUGCAGAUUUUAAUGUUGCUUCAUCCAAGGCUAAAGAUUUAGAGAACUUAAAAAAGGCUGUCACGAAAGCGUUUGCCUCUAGGCCUUUAGAAAGUAUUGUAUAG